AUGUUGGAGCUGACUUGGAAAAGCAAUGGAAGACAUGGUGGUGUGUGGGAACGUUUUAUAGAAGCUGUCUUUUUUACAGGCCUGCAAGAAAAAUUCCGGAGAGGUUGCUGUGGCGACGGUGUUAACUCUCCAGACGAAAAGGUGAGGGAUGGUUUUCUCUUCUGCUUCGUCAUAAGAUCCGGUGUUGAAUGUGGUGGUAGCUGUGUAGAUUCAGCUGUUUUUGAGGUUGGCUUGGUUGCUGUCAUGAUUAGGAAUAAGUGUGUCGCUCGUAUAUCAUUUGUUUUCUGCAAGGACAAGGUGGGUAAGCUUAGAAAGCAAAUUACUCUUGCUCUUGCAGAAUCCAUAGCCAUUGAAUCUUGA